GGAGGAGGCUGGGCGCCUCGGCAGCCUAUUUGAGGGAAAGGCUCCGUUUUGCUGGGCUCAGUGCUGCCGGCUGCCCCGCUGAGAACGGCCCGGCUCAGCACACCGGCGGCGGCGGCGGAGGAGGAGGAGGCGCUCGGCCGCCCCGGGAGGAGGAGGAAGAGGAGGGGGGGGCAGAGGUUGCUCGCCGCCGCUCGCCCUUCCCGCUGCAUCUUUCAUGGCAACAUGGCGAUGCCGGCGCAGCCCCGCCGCGCGGCUCCCCUCGGCCCGCUCCUGCUGCUCCUGCUGCUGGCCGCCCCCGCCGUCCACGGCUACAGCUUUCCGCAGCACUACACGAUGCAGUACUGGACCAGAAGGCUGGAGCAGGAGAUUGAUGGAGUGAUGAGGCUAUUCGGUGGUGUCCAGCAGCUCAGAGGGAUCUACAAUGACAACAGGAACCUGUUCGAGGUCAAGGAGAACGUCCCCAAGAAAUUAGUGGAGAAAGUGUCGGGAGAUAUUGAGAGCCUGUUGGCCAAGAAAGUCCAGGCUUUAAAGAGACUCGCUGGUGCGGCUGAGAAGUUCCAAAAAGCCCACCGCUGGCAGGACAACAUCAGGGAGGAGGAUAUUGAAUACUACGACUCCAAGGCAGACACGGAAUAUGACGAUCCAGAGGGAGAAGAGAUUGAAAGGGAGAAGUCCAACUCCUUGAAGCUGGAGUUUACUGAAGAUGUGAACUUCAAAACCAAGGUUAACUAUUCGUAUGCAGCCGUUCAGAUCCCUACGGACAUCUACAAAGGCUCCACCGUGAUCCUCAAUGAGCUGAACUGGACUGAAGCCCUGGAGGACGUGUUUAUCGAGAACCGGAAGGAAGACCCGUCUCUGCUGUGGCAGGUCUUCGGCAGCGCUACUGGCGUGACCCGCUAUUACCCAGCCACCCCCUGGAGAGCGCCCAAUAAGAUCGACCUGUACGACGUCCGCAGGAGGCCUUGGUAUAUCCAAGGGGCCUCUUCUCCAAAGGACAUGGUGAUCAUCGUGGAUGUGAGCGGCAGCGUCAGUGGCCUCACCCUGAAGCUGAUGAAGACGUCAGUCUGCGAGAUGCUGGACACCCUUUCGGAUGACGACUACGUCAAUGUGGCUUCAUUUAAUGAGAAGGCAAAACCUGUGUCCUGCUUCAAGCACCUGGUCCAGGCCAACAUCCGCAACAAGAAAGUUUUCAAGGAAGACGUGCAGGAGAUGGUGGCCAAGGGGACGACUGACUACAAAGCCGGCUUUGAGUACGCCUUUGACCAGCUGCAAAACUCCAACAUCACGCGAGCCAACUGCAAUAAGAUGAUCAUGAUGUUCACGGAUGGCGGGGAAGACCGGGUCCAGGAUGUGUUUGAGAAGUACAACUGGCCCAAUAAAACGGUGCGAGUGUUCACCUUCUCGGUGGGACAGCACAACUACGACGUGACCCCCCUGCAGUGGAUGGCUUGUGCUAACAAAGGUUACUACUUCGAAAUUCCCUCCAUUGGGGCCAUCCGAAUCAACACACAGGAGUACCUGGACGUGCUGGGGAGACCCAUGGUCCUGGCAGGGAACAAAGCAAAACAGGUUCAAUGGACAAAUGUCUAUCAGGAUGCUCUGGGCCUGGGCUUGAUGGUGACUGGCACCCUGCCAGUGUUUAACCUCACGGAGGAUGGCAGCAGCAACAGGAAGAACCAGCUCAUCCUGGGCGUGAUGGGAAUCGAUGUGGCUCUCAAUGACAUCAAGAAGCUGACGCCGCGCUACAACCUAGGGGCUAAUGGCUACAUCUUCGCCAUCGAUCUCAAUGGAUACGUCCUGCUGCAUCCAAACCUGCAACCCCAGAUCAUCAAUUUCCGAGAGCCCGUGACCCUGGACUUUCUGGAUGCUGAGCUGGAGGAUGAGAACAAGGAGGAGAUCCGGAAAAGUAUGAUCGAUGGCAGCGAAGGGCAGAGAGUCAUCAAGACCCUGAUCAAAUCCCUGGAUGAGCGAUACAUCGAUGAAGUCAUCAGGACCUACACCUGGGCCCCUAUCAAAAGCACCAAUUACAGCCUGGGGCUAGCCUUGCCACCUUAUAGCACGUACUACAUCCGGGCAAACCUCAGCGACCAGAUUCUCCAAGUGAAGUUGCGACCCCGCCACGAGCUGCGAGAUGGACUGUGAGGCCAACAACAAGGAUCUCAUUUGCGUUCUCAUUGAUGACGGAGGCUUUCUGGUGCUCUCCAACCAGGAAGAUCAUUGGUACCAGGUGGGGAAGUUUUUCAGCGAGGUGGAUGCUAAUUUGAUGUCUGCCCUCUACAACAACUCCUUCUUCGCGCGGAAGGAGUCCUACAACUUCCAGUCGGUGUGCACUCCGGAAGCUCAGAGCAACACAGGAGCUGCCCCCAGAGGGGUGUUUGUGCCCACCAUGGCAGAUUUCCUGAACCUGGCUUGGUGGACAUCAGCCGCCGCAUGGUCUUUGUUCCAGCAGCUCUUGUACGGCCUCACCUACAGCAGCUGGUUUCAAACAGAGGAUGUCACAGCCGACAGCAUGGAGUCCAGAGAGACCAGCUGCAUCAUGAAGCAGACGCAGUACUACUUCAGCACUGUCAACGCCACCUAUAACUCUAUAAUUGACUGUGGAAACUGCUCCAGACUGUUCCACGCACAGAGGCUCGCCAACACCAACCUGCUGUUCGUUGUAGCGGAUAAGCCGAUGUGCAGCCAGUGUGAGUCCACCAAGCUCCCUCAGGCGGAGAUACGAGCUCCGCCGAGAGAUCCAAAUCAGUGUGAGCUGGUAGACAAGCCCCGGUACCGGAAAGGUCCCCACAUCUGCUUUGACUACGAUGCAGCGGAAGAUACCUCAGACUGUGGCAGAGGGGCCUCCUUCAAACCCUCCCUCAGCGUCUUGUUAGCCCUGCAGCUGCUGCUCCUCUACUUGACUGCCACCCGCCAGCCUCUGUCCUCGGCAUCUUGCCUUUAAAACAUCCAUCUGGUCCAACCCAUCCAUAUUUCUUUUGUUUAAAACUCCAUGUCCAUCCUCUCCAGGCGUGCUGGAAAAGGGCAACUUCUUCUCGUCCCAUCCGCUCUGGUUACACCUUGGCUGUGGCUCAUGAGGACCUCCUCUCGCUCCACUGAGGAGCCUGGAAUUUCUUUUUCUUUUUCCUUUUGCUUUGUUUCCCAUCCUCUCCAACCUGGCCUUGCCUUUCUAGUGUCUCUGUGCAGCAGGUUGGCAAGAACUGAGCUUGAGCAAGACUUGGGGAAUCACAACCCAUUUGAGGCUUCUGUUCUUCAGACAGCGAGCGUCCUUGAGCUCUUGACUCCUUGACCCCGUCCUCUCCCUUCCAUUGAGCUGUUGGCCAAAUACGAAGAACAGUGACCUGUUUUUUUCGUUCGGUUUUCUUUUUUUUUCUCUUUUCCCUGUGGAAAAUGGGAGAUUUUGUAGUUUCCAUUGAGAGAUGUCUUACCAUUUUGCUGUCUUAAAGUAUUUAACCAACACCGAUGCCGGAUUACUCUUCUGUUUGAGAUAAUCCGCCCUCCCGCCCUGCCCAUCCAGACAAAAACGCAAAACAAAAUAGAAGAGAAAAAAAAUGGUGUUUUCUUGCCAAAUCGAGACGAGUCUUGUUAACUUCUCAGCCAAUCACCGUGGCUUCUUGAACUCAAAAAACAACCAAUGUUAUAGUUUUAUAAUGUCCUCAUUUGCUUAUCCAUGCUGCCCAAUCCCUAGGUGCUUUCCAAUGCCAUCCCGUCCAAGUCUCACCUUAUUUACAUCCAUUUUAUUCCAAUCUUCAAUUAUUUAUUUUGUAGCCUGAGGAUUUUAAACCAUAUCUUUCUACAUCUACUUGCCAACGUUUUAGCCUGAAGAAGUACAAAUAUUUAUUGUCAGCAACAAGGACACACACACAAAAAAAGAAACUUGAAUUGAA